AAGUUUGGAGACUAUAUAUGACAGGCCAACUCUACCACUGUACCUUUUGUGAAGACGUGUAACUGGACAAUGAGGGCUGUUCUUGGUUUGCUGCUGUUACUGCUUGGUCUGUGUGGGUCAGGGGGAGGCCUCGUCGAGGUGGGUGAGAUCAACGAGGUUCAGGAGACAGCUCCAAGAGAUGCAGUUGAGGAAAAAACCGAGCAGAGCACAAAGCCAACCACCCCUGACAUCUGGGCAGAGGUUAGAGCGCUGAGAGACAUGGUGGUGGAGCUCAAGGUGUAUGUGGAUAUACUGAAGAGAGAGAAUUCUGACUUGCAGACCAGACUGAGCAGCACUGAGAGGGAACUUCUUGUUGGCAAGUCCAGGAUUGACCAGCUGGAGAGAGAAAAUACAGCUCUGACUGAUGCAGGAUAUGUUGGAUCACACAACACAGACACCACACUGAAAUACCGCAAGGUCUUCACCAACAUCGGCAAUGCUUACGAUCCAGCUACAGGUUUCUUCACAGCACCAGUCAAAGGGGUCUACUAUAUCCAGUUCACUGUGUGUGGUAACCACACAGGUCUUAUGGGUGUAUUUGUGUUUAAGAACAACCAGAAAAUCAUGUAUAAUGUGGAGUGGAAGGAAGAUAAACUUUAUAAGUAUUUCACUAAGUCGGUUGUUUUGGAGCUGAUAGCAGGAGAUACAAUUCACCUGGUUCUCCCAUCAACCCAUUCUGUCUUUGACGAUGGAGAUAACCACAGCACCUUCAGUGGCUCCCUUCUCUUCCCACUGUGAGAAUGUUGUUUAGGCUGCUGUGUGAUUGAUUUGUUAAUAACAUUGUUGUUAUUGGCUACACUGUAAUUCACUGCAUCAAAAAAUGGGAAUCUGACUUCCCUCUUGUGUCAUCCAAUGAAAACGACAUUCAAAUAAAUCAAAGACUCAUUGAA